AUGAACCUGCCGGUCCGAGACGAUGCGAACGACCCAAGCGCUCCGGCCAUGGGCCUCUUCACUACCGACUGCAUGGUUGAUAAGUUUGGCUACCGUCAUUCGGCCCUGUCUGCGUACCUGCCAAAGUCAAAGGUCCUUGAACGCAAGGGAAGACUCACUCUUUGUACAGGCGUCGUAGCUACGAGACUCGAGACGAGCGCCGACGGUACAGAAGCAACGGGGGUUUACAUCCUGGACCAUCUCGACAAGCGACCAGGUAGGGAAGGCAUUGUCAAGGCGAACAGAGAGGUCAUAGUCUGUUGCGGAACGCACUUUACACCGCAGUUUCUCAUGUUGAGUGGCAUCGGUCCCAAGGAACAUCUCGCAAAGCACAACAUCUCCCUCGUGCGAGACAUGCCGGGCGUCGGCGCCGAUCUUCAAGACCACGUUGCCUUUGGCAUCGCCUUCCAGGUCCGUAUUGUCGACUCGUACCUCCGCAUGCUCAACCCCCUCAUCGGACUCUGGCACUUCAUCCUCUUUCUCCUCUUCAAGACCGGCAUGCUGGCAACGUCCGGAGCGAGAUUAUGUGGUUGGCUCCACUCGGACACUAUUGACGAGUCGACAAUGACCGUCAAACAUCGCGGCAACGCCGUCGACGAGAAGCACGACAACACGGAUGCUUCGCAGCCGGAGAAUGUGCCCGACAUAGAGUUGCUCUUCGCAAACGCUGCUUUCGGCGGCGAGAAGGGCAAAGGCUACUCCGCCUUUUUUGCCACGCUCGUGCAGCCGUUCUCGAGGGGAUGUAUCGAGCUCGCUUCGUCCGAUCCUCUGACGCACCCCAAAGUGUACCAUCACUACAUCACGGACCCCCGCGACUGGGCCGCCGCCCGCAAGGCGGCGCGGUUCUCUAUGAACUAUGUGGAACGGUUCAGACAGACAAACUAUCCCUUCAACUCGACCUGGCAUCAAGCUCCCGGAGUCAAGGCUGGAAGCGUUGAAGGCAGUUGGCGGGACGUGACGGAUGAGCAGAUUGACGCUUACAUCAGGGAAGGGUUGCUCAACUUCUAUCACGCCACGUCCACCUGCCGCAUGGCGUUGGAGGAGGAGAAGGGCGUCGUUGGCCAGGACUUGAGGGUGCAUGGGUUCAAGAACUUGCGCAUUGCGGAUGCGAGCGUGUUCCCCAAGGUGACGAGUGCCCACACCGUGGCGCCGGUAUACAUGCUUACGGAGCGGUGUGCGGACUUUAUCAAGAGCGAUUGGAAAGCAGAGGCUUGA